AUGCCUCGAAAACAAAAACGAGCCAGCGUUGUAUGCGCCGCCUGCGGAGGGAAAGGCCAUUUCGCGCGCGAAUGCCCUUCCCGUUCAGGCGUGAAGAAGCAGGAGACCACCCACCUGAACACGCCUCGCAACACAAACCCACAUGUCAAUAUCUGCGGUGUCUGCUGGGGAGGAGGUCACUUCGCGCCUGAUUGCCCUUCCCGUUCAGGCGUGGGGGAGCAUGAGCGUAAGGCUGAUUGUUACCGUCCUGCUCAAGCACCGCCACCACCACCACCUCCUCCUCCCCCUCGCGCACUUCCUCGCAACUCCGUGCUUACCCCAUCUGGGAACCUGGCGCCUUUAACUGGCGUUCGUAUGGAUCCCCAUGAGUUUACUGGCGUAACUCGGGAUUCUCAAAAGCCUCUCCCAGGUGGUGGUACUUGGAAGCCUGCGUUCAGAUCAACCCGCGUUUUACAGAACCGUCCCUUGAACAAUGUUCCAGGACAAUUUGAUAACCGGCCAAAACCGCUCACACAUCCUGAUUGUCUCGCCCUGAUGUCUUCUCGGGAGUCGGCUACGCCCCCCUCGCACAAUCAUCAUCCCGAGUUAUCAGAGCAGACUCCAUGCAUCCCUGAACAACGUUCUUCGUCCCCCGUCGACCUCAUCGACCUUUUCACGCCCCCACGCCAGGGAUUGACGCGCAAUUCGCACCCUCCGCCCUCGAACCUAUCUGGUUCCGCCUUGGAAUUCGAAUCUCCUACUAAUCUGAUGGGCGAGCUAGAAAGGGCCUUUGGCCUCCUUUCCCUGUCGCGAUGUCGGGGUACAGACUGA